AAAAGUGGAAAGUUGUUGGCAAUGCGCAUGCGCUCCCUGGGAUUAAUGUCAAGGCACAAAAGUGGCGCUACACCGUUUGGUCUCCUCCGGUGGUUGCCGUAGUGAUGGAUGGGGAGCUGGACCCGAGUGCUGCCAAAGAGGAUGCCUUCUCCCCCGCCACCGACACCAAAGAGGAGUCUCCCAUGGAGGAGAAUGAUGAUGAUGAUGUGGUUCUGGUGGAGGAAGAGACCCAGGACAGGCCCAGCGCAGAGCCUCCUGUGAAUCUACCAUGUGAGGCCCCUAGCCCCCCUGUGUCUGCCUUGGGCCCUGCACCAGCAGAGCCCAUAGUUAUCGACGAUGAAGAGGAGUCGCAGCAUAAAUCCCCUUCAGCCAGGAAAACGCCUUCCUGUGGUGCCUCACCUGCUGCCCUCACUGAGCCGGACUCAGAGAUAAGGAUAGCCAGUGUGACCACUCUGGGCUCCAGGGGUGUGAAAGGAGGAAGCAGUCCAUCCCAAGCCGAGAGCCAGGAGGAACAUGACAUGGCUCUGAGAAUCACCUCUGUGACAUCUCUGCAGGAUGGAACCUCUGACCAAGCUGUGGAGGUGGACCACAGCGAGGAAAAUGGCCUAUAUAUCAGUAAUGCCUUCAGUCUGGACUUGGACUCUUGUAGUGCACGGUUGGGUCCCCAGGGAGAACCAGUGCACAAUGGAGACUCAGGCCCGAACAGAACAGACAUGUGGCUGUCCCAGUCCGCCUCUGUACAGCAGAGUGACAAGCAACCUGGAGUGGAUCCUUCAGCCAAGCCCCAGAGCCAGCCCACCUCCAGUCCUGCAGGGCCCACCCGCACGGUCAAGGUAACUUGUGCCAACUGUAAGAAACCUCUAAAGAAAGGGCAGACAGCCUACCAACGUAAAGGCUCCACUCACCUGUUCUGCUCCACCACUUGCCUCUCAGCCUUUUCCCACAAGCCAGCGCCCAAGAAGAGCUGCACCAUGUGUAAGAAGGACAUCACCAACAUGAAGGGAACUAUUGUGGCCCAGGUGGACUCCAGUGAGUCUUUUCAGGAGUUCUGCAGCACGGGAUGUCUCGGUGCCUACGAGAACAAGCAAAACCCGCCCAAAUCUGGAGUCAAGACCAAGUGCACAGUCUGCGGCAAACUCACUGAGAUCCGCCAUGAGGUCAGCUUUAAGACUGUGACCCACAGAAUCUGUAGUGACACCUGCUUUAACGUGUAUCGCCGUGCCAACGGCCUUAUCAUGAACUGCUGUGAGCAGUGUGGGGACUACCUACCCAGUCGGACCUCUGCCAACCACUUUCUCCUGGUGGAUGGGCAACAAAAACGCUUCUGCUGCCACAACUGUAUCAGAGAUUUCAAACAGGCUCAUAAUAAACUGGCGAGCUGUGUCACAUGUAAAACCCUCAUCAAGACCGGGGAGGUCCUGCACAGUAUUGUAGCCAAUGGAACAAUGGGCUCCUACUGCUCCAUCACCUGCAUGAACAAGGGCAAGACUUCCCCAACCUCCCUGCAAAACUCUGAUGCCAGAGAGCCUAUGUGUCACUUCUGUAAAAGGAACGCCUUACCACAGUACCAGGCCACACUGCCCGAGGGGACCGUCCUCAGCUUCUGUAGCUCUCAGUGUGUCACCAAGUUUCAGAAUACUACUCUCCAAAGCAGCACUAAUGGACAAACAGCGCCCUCUGCAGACAGUGCUGUACAGCUCAAAUGUAACUACUGUCGUGGAUCCUUCAGCCUGAAGCCAGAGGUGCUAGAGUGGGAGGACAAAGUUUACCAGUUCUGCAGUAGAACGUGCUGCGAUGACUACAAGAAGCUUCACUGCAUUGUGACGUUCUGUGAAUUCUGUCAAGAGGAGAGGACUCUGCAUGAGACAGUCAAAUUCUCUGGAAUCAAAAGGCCUUUCUGUAGUGAAGGCUGUAAGCUGCUCUACAAGCAAGACUUCAUCAGGCGACUGGGGCUGAAGUGUGUCAGCUGUAACCAUUGCAGCCAGAUGUGUAAGAGAGGAGUGACACAGACAUUGGGCGGCAUGACGCGGGACUUCUGUAGUGACACAUGUGCGCACAACUUCCAGGAGUGGUACAACAAGGCGGCCCGCUGUGACUGCUGUAAGGUGCAGGGGGCACUCACAGAGACUGUCAUGUGGCGCUCGGAGGUGAAGCAAUUCUGUGACCAGCAGUGUCUGCUCCGGUUCUACCUCCAGCAGAACGAGCCCAUCAUGGAGACUCAGAAGGGCCCAGAGAACUCUAGUGCAGGUUUAGACGUGCACAGUGCCAAACUUGGGCUGGUGAAUACGGGCAGCAUGGGCUUUGGAGGACUGCUUCGAGAUGUGAAGAACAAGGCAGUGCUUUGCAAACCUUUGACUCUGACCAAGGCCACGUACUGUAAGCCCCACAUGCAGAGCAAGCCCCUGCAGACAGAUGUGGAUGAUGGCUUGAAGAGGGAGUACGUGCCUGUGCCUAUCCCGGUGCCCGUAUUUGUCCCGAUGCCCAUGAACAUGUACUCCCAGUUCACACCAGCGCCCCUCUCUCUGCCUCUGCCGGUUCCUGUGCCUGUGUUUCUGCCCACCAGCCUCCAGGGGGCAGAGCAGAUCAUACAGAUCCUUCGUGACCCUCAGUUGGGCUCAGAUGAAAGCAAGCCAGAUGUGAAACAGGAGCAUAGGGAGUGUGACAAGGAGCAGUGCGAGGCGGACCUGGACCUGGAACUGGACCUGGAGUCAGACCUCUGUCCUGAACCCUGUGCAGGUCUGGGCUCACCUGACCUCCAGGAGUGCACUGAUCCUUCCGCUUCAUCUGUGGAAGAGCACCAGGACAGCACUUGUCUACUGCCGCAGCCUAUUAAACUGAGGAGUAAGAAGCGGGCGGUGGAGGGCUUUGCUCCGCACUCCAGGCUGCCCUUGAAGAGCCGCUAUGGCCUGAGUGCCUGGAGACGCUGGGCCCAGGCCAGUCCCAAGCAAUCAGCAGAGACCAAAGACUCCAAACCAGAGUGCAGCAGCAGAUCCAGCCUCGUGGAGCUGUCGUCUGAGCAGCUGAGCGUUGCUCUGUGCUCGUUUGUGAGGGAGGUGUGCCGGCCCAACGGGGAGCGCUACAGCCCAGAUAGCAUCCUGUACCUCUGCCUGGGCCUUCAGCAGCAUCUUCACUCCAAAGGCCGAGCAGAUGACUUGUUUGGAGACGCUUGCUACCAGCCAUUUGUGGAGGAACUAAGUCAGGUUUUGAGGAGUUGGCAACCCCAUAUUCUUCCCGAUGGGUCCGUGUGGGGCCGUGUAGAUGAGCAGGCGCUGUGGAGCAGCCAGCUCCUGGGGGCCCACUCCCCGGCCUCACUGCUCCGCUCCCUGCUUUACCUCAACACUAAGUACCUGGGAGCCCGCAGUGUGGAGCAACACCUGAAGCUAUCGUUCAGCCGGAUCUACACGGAGACCCAAGUCCGGUCCGAAUCCCGGUCCGAAUCCCGGUCUGAAUCCCGGUCCGAAUCCCGGGCCGAAUCCCGGGCCGAAUCCCGGUCCGAGUCCCGGUCCGAGUCCUGGUCCACCCCCAGUUCCUAUGUGCCUUCAGCCUCUCAGGACCCACACGGACAAAACCAGUCCAGGAAAAGAAAGCUGGAGGAGGAGGGCUCAGAACUGCUGGACCGUGUGACAGAGCGUGAGCGGGGCCUUUAUCAGCUCUACAGGGACAAAUGCCCAGCAUCAGUGAGGGAGAGCCUAGAUGUUCUGUACCUGCUGCCGGACCCACAGGCCUCUCCAGAGGGACUGUGGUAUAGCACAAGCCCCCUCCAGGCUCUGGCUCUGGAGAACCUCCUAACCACUGCCCUGGUGGUGCAGGAGCUCUAUGUAGAGCCAUCUCAGCGGGAGGACAGGGCACUACAGGAGGACCGGUCACAGCCAUCCAAUGGAGAGUAGCCCUUGUCUGCAAAAGUCUUCAUCCCACGUCCUCAUUUGGACAGCUGGAUCACUCAAGGACAGAGCAGAGAGCUAAACUCAACACUCCUCUGAACACUGACACAUGCACAGAUUGAGAGCAUGGGCCUGCAGUAUGGCUCUCAUCAACAGCUGCAUCCCUCUGCAGGCCUUCACUGCGGCCAUACAGCACGUUUGGACAUUGCUGUAGACAGACCAAAUCCUGAUCCAAACAUCAGACCAAGUCAGCCUCUUUGGUCUAGUGCUGUGGUAAAUGUUUGAAAUGUUGGACUUAGAUUUUACUGUACAAUUACAAGGGUCAAGGAUGAACGAUGUGGAGAGUGGACGUGGACGUAGGCGGGUGAAGGCCGGACCUGCGCUCUGCUGCUACUUUCACACUGCACCUUCAGCUGAUGAUCAGCUCUCUCAAACCAGACUCACCAGCGCCACCUGUCUCCUUUUCAGAAGCCUGCAUCAGUCUCUCACAACACUUGUUACAACACAGGCUAUUUUAUUUCAGUUGUUUAAAAAUAUGAUGAUCAUGCCUAAUUCCCAUUUGCGUAUGGGCAAGAGGUGUCACAGCUGAGUUUUACCAACAUACCUGCAGAUUUCUUCAACACUUAAUUUUCUUAUUCUGAAGGUCUGGGCCAAAACACAGUUCCACAGGAGACUGAGACUGGCUUUGCAACUGGUUCUGUCAAGUAGCACCCUGCCUCUGGUUUGCCCUGAUAGUUAUAGUGAUAAACAGGCCUAUCCAAUAAAAGCCACUCAGCGCAAGUCCCUUGCCGCAUGAAACACCAGUGACUGUGGGCAGAGGGUACAAUCUUAACUAUGUUCAAUACACUACGGUUUGAGUGGAAAUGCCCUCACAGCUGGAGGUGACUGGGGAGUGGGAGGUCUGUGCAGCUGUUUUUUUUUUUUUUUUACUGUGUUGGAGCCAACCUGGGUACAGCUUCCACAACUGUUCACCUUUCAUACUUUAUGAGUUAAGAAUUUGUCCUUUUUGUUUUAAUAAAUCUCUAAAUCAA